UGGCUAUUAUUUUUCUGACACCGCAAAACGUUCACACUGGCAGCAAAAAUUCCAAUUGAGAGACUUAAAAACUUGUGCUAAAUGUUAUUUUAAGAAUAUUAAAUAAAAACCGAAAUGCUGCGGCAGGAGAAUUUGGCGGCCAACUUCUGCGGCCUGCUGGCCACCCAGGAUACAAAGAAGGCAAACGAGUGGCGCAUUUUGGGCAUCGAGCAGGAUGGAUCCCUGCUCACGUCCUGGAUAUUCGAGUAUUCGGAUGAGGAGCAGCGCAAGGAGACGUGCAUUGGCCACUUCCAUGCGACCAAGAAGCAGCUGCGACUCCUCUGGACGCUGGACAAAUGCUGCGAGAUUAUCCAGGCAACGAUCAAUAGCAGUGUCACCUUGUUGUCCUUUGUGGAGAAAACUGAGGGAAAACUUUACCAGGCCUUUGUUGUCGAGGUGCGCAGCUCCGAGGGCGGCACGGCCACGCCCCUAAACGCAGAGCCCACUCCCCGCCAGAUAAUGACCCAGUUCCUUUGGCGAGUGGAGAGUGCCACGCGCACCUGCUGGCAGGACAAGCUCCUUGUGCUCACCCACGAGGAAUCCAUCAAGCAGUAUAGCUGCGUGGUGAAGCAGAGCUCGACGACAUCCCCAAUUGGAGGCGGCGAGGGCAGCGCCUGGCGUCUGGACACCAGCAUCCUCACCCACGAAACCCUGGCCCGCAACUUCAGCUGGGCCCAGUGGGAUCCCGAGUGCCAGGCCCUCUACUACAUCCACCUGAAGCCCAAGGCCAAGAGCCUCAGUCUGCUGGACGAACGGGAGGAGGCCGGCGAGCAGGCGACGCCCGUUCUGAGUCCCACACUCUCGGCCUUUCAGUUUAACGAGAAACAGCCCACGGAAACAGUGCUUAACAUACCCCUAAACUUGCCGAAACUGCCGAAUGGGUCCCAAGAGGAAACUCCCAGCUACGAUGAUGAUGCAGUGCCGCUGCGCGUGCACGACAGCUCGCUGAAUUUAAUCAUUCUGGCGGACACCUCGGGGAUGUUCUUCGUGUGCCACUACUACCUGUACCAGCCGAUGCAGUCGGACGUGCAGAAGGACGUGCACUUCGCGUACUCGGUGACAUUGCUGCACCACGGCUGUGUGGUGCACUGCGUGAUGCCCGGUGUGCCGUGGCAAAAGGCCCGUCUGCUGAGGCCCACAUUUGCGCUGCAUGGCCAGCAUCACCUGCUGGUGUCGUCCGCCUUCUUCGUCCACCUGCUGGACGUGGGACUGCAGCACGAGCCCAACUGCCACAUCGUGUGUGCGGCCCACAAUCGGAGUCCCGAUCGCACACAGUUGGUGCCGUUGCGAAAGUGGGGAGCGCUGGCCUACGAUGCGGCCACGUUGGAUCUCGUUUCGCUCACUGUGCCCAAGUCGCAUCUAAUCGAGGCCUUUCGCAAUGACAGUUCGCUGGACAACCGAAUCAGCAUUAUCCACUACUUCUUGCUGCACUCGAACGACAUGGAUGUGCUGGCCGAGCUGCUGAACAGCAUCCUGGAGCGACCGCUCUCCCUGGACACGGUGGCCCUGCUGAAGGAGGCCCUUGUGGCCGGCAGCUAUGCCGCUGCAGUUCGCGGCCUGCCGGAGGAGGCCAAGCCGCUGAUGAGGCUUCUGCCAUUGACCACGGCCUUGGCCUCGCGACCCAUUCACGCCAAAGUGGCCGACAUCAGCGUGGGCCUGUCCCACGAAACACUGCACAACACCAGCAUGAUGCUGCUGUCGCCACAGCAGCGACUUUCGCCAUAUCGCACGGACAUCUGGACGAGACUGUGGGAUCUGUUGAAUGAGUCGGCCAAGCAGGAGCAGCCCCGGUUCAGUGCCGAGCAGGUAACCGAAAAGUUGAUCUUCAGCCUGGCCUGCUAUCAGCCGGAGGCACUUUCCCGAUGCACCACGCCCCUUUCGCCGGAUGCGGGCACUGGUGGCUUUGGCGACUACAGCAGCGGCAGUGCCUUUCCGUUCAGCAACGAGGUGCUGCCCUUCAUCGAGUUGGAGGGAUGCACGGCCAGCAAGCAGGAGCAUGUCAUCUCUGUGUACCUGCGCGAACUGAGCGUCCAUUUGGUGAAGCACUCCUCGAAGCCGCACACCGGUUUUCGCUGGCUGAAGGAGACCUUCUUCGAGCGCUCCCAGGCUCCAGCCCGUCAUGCGGUGGCCUCGCAGUUUGUUUCCUCGCAGCUGGAGCUGUCCCGAGCCCUUUGCUCGCUGGUCUGUCGAGCUGCGGGUCUGGAUGCUCGCCUGGAGACGCUGCGGGGCUUUCAAUUGAUUGACCAAAUGGCUGCCAGCCAGCAGCACUCGCUGUUCCUCAUCCUCGAGCGUUAUUGUCUGGCCGUGGAAUCGAUUGCCUUUCCCCUGCCCGAGGGCUUCUCCUCGUUCUUCACCUAUCUGGGCUAUCGGGCCUUGGGCUACGACAUGUUCCUGCAGUAUGUGGAGAACCAUGUCUUCGAACUGCAAGUGGAUGUGAUGAAGGCCAUUGUCUUUGAUAUUGAGGACUCUCCGCUGGGCAUCGAGCGAAAGCUGUCGCUUUUGUCGGCCCUACCCAAGCAGCGGGCCCAGCGACUGCUCAAGUGCUGGCAGCAUCCGGAUAGCCUGAUGAUCAGGGGCCGCGAGCAUGCGGCCAACAUUCUGUCGGGUCAGCAACAGGAGGUCUUGCACCAGCAGCGACCAUCGGCCUGUGCCAACCAGUCGCGGAAUAAUGCCCGUAGCGAUUUAACUGCCGAAGCCCUCACACCGCUGGACUCCUUCCUUGACCUGCUGACAGCCAAGGCCAGUCUAAACGAAUUGGACUACAAUCUGCUGAUUGAAACGACUUUGAGCUCCAUCGAUCAGCUGAAAGUGGAGGCAUAACGUGCUUGUACUUAAUAAUAAGUAGUAUUAAUGGUUGUUUAGUUUGGUAUGAAGGCAAAAUAUCAAGUAUUGAUUAUGAACAUCCUGUUUUUGGUUCAGUUUGGUCAAGUCGAGUUUGCAGAAUUUCCAAAGAUGUGAUUUAGUUUUUUCAUCGUGCAGCUUAUUUGUUAUUUAUUAUUAUCUGGUUCCUAUUAUACAUUCCACGCUAUUUAUUUAUUACUUUUGUUGAAA